AUGAAACAGUCAGAACACCAGAGUCUGCUGGGUCCUAAAGAGUCAGAACACCAGAGUCUGCUGGGUCCUAAAGAGUCAGAACACCAGAGUCUGCUGGGUCCUAAAGAGUCAGAACACCAGAGUCUGCUGGGUCCUAAAGAGUCAGAACACCAGAGUCUGCUGGGUCCUAAAGAGUCAGAACACCAGAGUCUGCUGGGUCCUAAAGAGUCAGAACACCAGCGUCUGCUGGGUCCUAAAGAGUCAGAACACCAGAGUCUGCUGGGUCCUAAAGAGUCAGAACACCAGAGUCUGCUGGGUCCUAAAGAGUCAGAACACCAGAGUCUGCUGGGUCCUAAAGAGUCAGAACACCAGAGUCUGCUGGGUCCUAAAGAGUCAGAACACCAGAGUCUGCUGGGUCCUAAAGAGUCAGAACACCAGAGUCUGCUGGGUCCUAAAGAGUCAGAACACCAGAGUCUGCUGGGUCCUAAAGAGUCAGAACACCAGAGUCUGCUGGGUCCUAAAGAGUCAGAACACCAGAGUCUGCUGGGUCCUAAAGAGUCAGAACACCAGAGUCUGCUGGGUCCUAAAGAGUCAGAACACCAGAGUCUGCUGGGUCCUAAAGAGUCAGAACACCAGAUCACCUCCAGGCCUGACUGUAGCGCAGCGCUCUACACUGGCUCCUCCCUCUACACUGACUCCUCCCUCUACACUGACUCCUCCCUCUACACUGGCUCCUCCCUCUACACUGACUCCUCCCUCUACACUGACUCCUCCCUCUACACUGACUCCUCCCUCUACACUGACUCCUCCCUCUACACUGACUCCUCCCUCUACACUGGCUCCUCCCUCUACACUGACUCCUCCCUCUACACUGACUCCUCCCUCUACACUGGCUCCUCCCUCUACACUGGCUCCUUCCUCUACACUGGCUCCUUCCUCUACACUGACUCCUCCCUCUACACUGACUCCUCCCUCUACACUGACUCCUCCCUCUACACUGACUCCUCCCUCUACACUGACUCCUCCCUCUACACUGACUCCUCCCUCUACACUGACUCCUCCCUCUACACUGACUCCUCCCUCUACACUGGCUCCUUCCUCUACACUGGCUCCUCCCUCUACACUGGCUCCUCCCUCUACACUGACUCCUCCCCCUCAGUAACACACCUCACCCGCCGCAUCACGCCGCCAUUCACCGCCAGCCAGUCCGCCUGCUGCACACCGCCGCUGGUACCUCCGCAUGACUCCCGCCGCCUCCUCCGCCGCCCCUUGCUCCGCACGCCAGCAACCGCUCCUGCUCGCCGGAGCUCACGCCGCAGCACCUCCGCCAGCUCCGCCGCCUGCUCCGCCUCCCAGCACGGCGCCAGCACCGCCGCACUGCUCAGCCUCCACUACCCGCCUGCUUCGCCGCCUGCAUAUACGCAGACACACCGCGACUGCUCCCCGCCGCCAGGCACAUACGCCACCACCUCCCCGCCAGCACCGCCGACUGCUCCGCACGCCAGCUUCGCCUCUUCUCCGCCGCUUGGUCACGCCGCCAAGACUCCGGCGCCUGCUCCGAAGCCAGUCUCCGCCGCACUGCUAGCCGCCGACUGUUUGCGCCGCCCAGCUCAGCACGCCUCCCACCGCCUCCUGCUCCGCCUACUGCAGAGCCGCCUGGCACCGCGCCUGCACCGCCGCCUGGCACUGCCGAACGACUAUGCAUCCGCCGCCUGCUCACUCCUAGCUCCGCGCCGCCACUGCUUAGACUACUCCUGCACGCCACUGAACGCCGACCAUCAUACCGCCGCCAGGGAACCGCCGCAGCAUGCUCCGCACACAGCUACCGAACAGCCUCCUCAGCCUGCUGUGCUACCUCGCGUGGCUCCGCAGACUACAUCAAGCCGACCUGCAUGCGCAGCCCUGCUCAGCCGCAUCUUCCGCAGCCUCUACCUGCGCCAAGGCUGA